AGGUAGAGUUGUGAGAACUGGUCUCAUUUCUAACUGAUUCCUAUCCUGCAUUCUGACUCUAAUCUGUGACUGCCAUCACCAACCAAACCCCAGCAAUGGACUCCAUUACUUUUCUCUGGUUGUGCCUAGUCUCCUGACCUGGGCAUUAGAAAGGCACACGAUAUUGCAAACCUUUGGGUUUUAUCUAUGUUAGUAAUACUUUAGUAACAGUAACAAUAGCAUCAACAACUGAUCUCAUAUUUAAUGCAAUCCUAGAAGGUAGUUAUCAUUUUCUUAUCCAUCUUUAUCUUCCCCAUCCUCAUAACUAUGAUGGAGACACUGAGGCUCAAGAGAGGACAGGUUGCUUGCUCAAGACCGUAUAGCUCCUAAGUACCAGAGUCCAUGUUUGAACCUAGUCCUGCCUGAAGUAGGAGAAUUAUCUCAGCGUGACUUUGAAACUCUUUCUGUGAGCUGCCCAAUAUUUUUUGCCUGAGAACUUUGACUGCAGUGAGAUUUCUGGUUAGUAUUCUGAAGCAGUUAAAUAAAUUAUAUUAAACAUUUCUGGUUUUACUUUGAUGAUGACUUUAGAAAAUGAAUAUAAACAUAUUUAGCAUCAUUGGGACAGCCACCUUGUAACCGAACAGAUAUAAGAAGUUUGCAUUUUUUCUUAUAUUCAUGAAUAUUCAGAAGCCAUUAAUAACAAUAAUUAAAGCACAAUAUCAUUAAUAGUCCAUAUAUUAUUUAAAUUUGACUAACGGUAUUCUUGUUUUUCUAGAAAUGAGAUGACCAGCUCUUUCAGAAUAUACAGCAACUGCCUCCACAUAAAGCAGUGCCAGGUUUAGGAGAUUUACGAUGUGCAACCCCAAAUUGCUGCUCACUGCUGCCAACGUGAUCAGAGUCCUGUUUCUGAGAGAACAGAACAAUAUCUCAGGGCUCAAUCAAGACAUCACAGAUGUGUGUUUUUCCCCCGAGAAAGACCACAGCUCCAAGUCUGCGACCUCGCAAGUCUAUUGGACGGCCAAAACUCAGCACACGUCCUUUCCUUCAUCCAAAGCCCUAGAAAAUGAACACUUGCUUGGGGCAGCAUCUACCCCGGAGGGACCGUCGAGGCGUUCACUCCAGUGUAUUUCCGAGAUGAACUGGCUGUUUUCUGAAAAAGGAGACCUCACUGAGCCAGGGUUCGAUCCCUGCAGUCUGUUGGUUGACCUGGAUGACAUCAGAGACCUGUCUUCUGGGUUCAGCAAAUACCGAGACUUUAUCCGUUACCUGCCCAUCCACCUCUCCAAGUACAUUCUAAGAAUGCUGGAUAGACACACCCUGAACAAAUGUGCCUCUGUGAGCCAGCACUGGGCCGCACUGGCUCAACAGGUCAAGGUGGAAUUGUCAGCGCACGGCUUCAUUCAGAACCAGAUUGCCUUCUUGCAGGGGUCCUGCACAAGAGGAAUUGAUCCUAAUUACGCCAGUAAAGUUUCUAUCCCAGUUCCUAAUAUGGUCGAUGACGGGAAGCGGGUGCGUGUGAAACCUCAGAAGUGGAAGCUGAGAACGAAGAAUGACUACAACCUGUGGACUGCAUACCAGAACCAGGAAACGCAGCAGGUCCUGAUGGAGGAGAGAAAUGUUUUCUGUGGGACCUACAAUGUCCGCAUUCUCUCUGACACGUGGGAUCAAAACAGAGUCAUCCACUAUUCCGGGGGAGAUCUGAUAGCUGUGUCAUCUAAUCGAAAGAUCCAUCUCCUGGACAUCCUGCAAGUAAAAGCAAUCCCCGUUGAGUUCCGAGGCCAUGCUGGGAGUGUCCGAGCCCUCUUCCUGUGUGAGGAGGAAAACUUUCUCCUAAGUGGGAGCUAUGACCUAAGUAUCAGAUACUGGGAUCUGAGAAGUGGGGCUUGCACACGAAUCUUCAAUGGUCACCAGGGGACUAUCACUUGCAUGGAUUUAUGUAAGAACAGGCUUGUAUCUGGAGCAAGAGAUUGCCAGGUAAAAGUGUGGGAUGUAGACACAGGGAAGUGCCUGAAGACAUUUAGACACAAAGACCCCAUCUUGGCCACCAGGAUCGAUGAUACCUACAUUGUGAGCGCGUGUGAGCGAGGGGUGGUAAAAGUGUGGCACAUUGCCACGGGCCAGUUGGUAAAGACUCUCAGUGGCCAUGAGGGAGCUGUGAAGUGCCUGUUCUUCGACCAGUGGCAUCUCCUCUCGGGAAGUGCUGACGGCCUGGUCAUGGCCUGGAGCAUGGUGGGGAAGUAUGAGCGCUGCCUGAUGGCCUUCAAGCAUCCCAGGGAGGUGCUCCACGUGUCCCUUCUCUUCCUCCGGGUCAUCAGCGCCUGUGCAGAUGGCAAGAUCCGAAUUUACAAUUUCCUCAACGGGAACUGUAUGAAGGUGAUAAAAGCCAAUGGCAGAGGCGAUCCUGUGCUGUCCUUCUUUAUUCGGGGCAACAGGAUGGUGGUCAACACAGAGAGCAACGUUCUCAUGUUCCAGUUUGAGCACGUAAAGUGGCAGUAUGCCAUGGAAAAAAUGAAACCAAAGAAGAAUAAGGAGAAAGAGGAGGAAAAAGAAGAAAAUAUCCUCGUGGAAAUUCUCUCCAAGUCAAAUACUCAGAUUCACAGCCCGAGAGAGUCUGUAUCCAGUAAACAAACUGUGAUCCAGGAGCUCCUGCCAAAGAAACCUCCCAAGUGCCGAGUACUCCUGAAGCCGGCCAAGUUAUCUUCAGCAGUGUUAACAGAGGUACCUCAAAGUCAAGGAAAGUCAAAAUUACCCCGGAGAGACGCGGAUGAUGUGGAAAAAGGACAAAAACAAGGAGAAUUGGAAACUCCAGAGGAAUUGAUCAAUCACCCAAAGAGAAAGUCUUGGAAAAUCCCUAUGACACCUGAUCGAUUCCUCCUGACUGUCAGCGCCCUGCAGCAAGCCCAUAAUUCUGGGGAAUUUGCCUAUCCCUGUAGGCCCCAAACAGAAAUCAUUGAUGCCUGGGGACCUUCAAUUACAUACCCAAGGAAGGUCUUGAAUCUCAAAGGAGAAUCCAUCCAACAUGCAGUUAAUCGGUUGAGAUUCAGCAAUCCUCCCAUAGAUGUGAAACAAACCAGCAUUCCCCUUGAAAUCCGGAAACUGCAGCCCAACUUGAAGAACUCUUUGCACAGUCCCAGAGUCCAGUCCACCAUACCCCAGCCCAUGAUUAUCCGCUCCAGGUUCUCUGGCAGCUUAAAGGGUGGAGACCAAGUGACCAGUUCAAUUGAAAGGGCAGUGUGCAGUACGGGUCCCCUGACCAGUAUGCAGGUCAUUAAACCAAACCGCAUGCUAGCUCCACGAAUGGGCACAGCCACCCUGUCUCUUAAGAAAGAGCAGCCUCGAAUCUACACAGCCCUUGAUCCCCUUAGAGUGAACACUGAGUUCGUGCUGUUAACUGUGAAGGAGGAGAAAGAAUACCAGGAAGCCAAGAUGAAGGAAUAUCAGGCCAGGGAGUCCACUGGAGUGGUUGAUCCAGAAAAAGCUCGCAAAGCCGCGUGGAUCAGAAAAAUCAAAGGCCUGCCUAUUGAUAGUUUCAUGAAGCAAGGGAAAACAGUGGCCCCUGAACUUGGACAAAAUGUUUUUAUCUAAACCAGCCUUGGGAAAUUACAAUGUCUUACAAUAAACAGAAAGCCAGGUGGA